AUGGACAUUGAAACCGGAAGAAUAACUCGAAGCCGUGCAAAAAUGUCGAUGGGAAGUACUACACCGUUGUCAAGGCCAAGUAAAAAAGUAGAGACACUUCUUCGCAAAUCUCGGAACCUUAAGAAGCAGCUGAACUCUUCUUCUCAACCUUCUUCGGCCCUCAAAAGUACGGAGACGUCCUCACUAGUUGAUUUACAAGAAGUCUCUGGGAAUCAGCGUGAACUCCAAUAUAUGCCACUUCCUGCAAAGCAACCAACGAUCAAUGAAAAUGCGUUAACUAAUCCAGACGUCUGCACUAUGUCCACUACGGAAACUAGCGGACAGUGUGCCAGUCGCAUUCCACUGAAGGAUGUUUCAAACAUCAGCGUUGUUGGACAAGUGCCAGUAUCAAGUUCCCACCCUUCAUUACAAGAAAUUCAUGAAGAACUGUACAAUGAGGUCACGGCUAUGUUCGCUCCUGAACGUCUCACAUUCGAUGUAGAGGUGAAGGAACUAUUUCCAUUCUACAGUUUUCUCGAUCAAAUAAUUUAUAACGAUUGA